ACUUCCUGUUUGUAGCUUUUUAGCUUUUGAAAAGCUCGUGGUUGAUUGAGAUAUUCUGACUUGUUGUAAAAGUUAAAAUCAUGAAUAUUCUUACUCGCUCUAAGAAACUGGUAUUGACGGUAUUUAAAAGUGGAGUUUUACUUGAACAAAGUAGUGUUUUUAGAGGCGUCUCUUCGGUCUCCACCUCGGCUCGUAGUGAUGGUCCGUUUUCGCCUCGACGAUUUACAGCAAAUGUCUCUUCGUGUCCGCACCGGCAUCAUGUAUCUACACUUCUCUUAGACACAAAAAGAUUUUAUUCAGAGAUUUGUCAGGGCAGCAGUGAUUCAGAGAAGAGCACCGGAGUGUCUGAAGAGAAAUCACGCGAGAUGGACAGUGAUACUAGUGCACGAAGGCAAAGAUCUCCUGAGACGUUCACCCUCGAUGUGCUGGUGUCUCUGCUGCGUCAGGAAAAUGCAGUGGACAUCUGUGUGAUAAAAGUACCAGAUCAGAUCAAAUACACAGAGUACUUCAUUGUUGCCAGCGGUGUAUCUCCAAGACACCUCCGUGCAAUGGCACUUUAUGCCAUCAAAGUGUACAAGUUUCUAAAGAAAGAUGGAGCUCCACAUGUCAAGAUAGAAGGAAAGGAUGCAGAGGACUGGAUGUGUAUUGACUUUGGGAAUAUGGUUGUUCACUUCAUGCUACCCGAGACAAGAGAAGUGUAUGAACUGGAGAAACUUUGGACUCUUCGCAUGUAUGAUGAGCAGCUGAAGAGUAUACCCCCCGAGAAGCUUCCAGAAGACUUCAUAUAUGAUCUUGAAGUCACAAAGUGACAAGUCAUCUAAGAUGGACACAGACUUUUCUACUUCUUUGGGACACUGGAUACAUAAUCUCCUAUCUCUGUGAGUAAAAAUAAAAGGUGAUUUUGUCACUGAAAAUUGUCUUUAGUCAAAAACCCCCCCCCAAAAAAACAAGCGUUUUGGAUUGAGAUAUUUGACUGAACUGAGCACCAGUACCUUGUGGAUGACUGGUCCCAUUGGUCACAUUGAUUAAUUGUAUAGACCUUUCUUUUUCAUAUUUGCACCAUUAGAGGACAUCAGGUGGUAUUUGUAAAACAUCAGCGUAUAUUUGAAUGAUUUUGGGGUAUGCUGCCGAAUAUAUGUUAUAUAUAUUAUAUAUAUGUUUUACCAUACUGAUAUGGUCAAA